AUCAUCAUCUUCACAAAACCUUAUCAAAAAAUACACCACCGGAGAUGGCUGCGAUUGCGGCGGCGACAUCCGCUUUCACUUCCUUCAACCUCACGCGCGCAACUCCAUACACGCGCCGCCACAUUCGUACAUUCAUUGCAUCAUCUUCUUCCUCAAAUGAAUUCAACAUCACUUUUGCUCCACCAAAACCCAAACCCAAACCCGAACCCGCAAAUCCAAUAAACCCUAAUUUAGAUAAUACUGAACUUGGUGGCCAAUUGUAUAUACCUUGGAUUGUACGUGAUGAAAAAGGUAACCUCACUCUCCAAUCUACACCUCCGGCUCGUCUACUCCACGAGAUGGCUAAUGCUAGCACAAGCAAGAAAAAGAAAAAGGGAAAAGAGAUUGGUUCUAAAGCCGCGGCAAGGGUGGGUCCGACAGCUGAGCCUAAGCAUUCUAAGGCGGCUCGCCGGUUUUAUAAUGAGAACUUCAGAGACCCUCCUCAACGCCUCGCUAAAGUCCUUGCUGCUUCCGGAGUGGCAUCCAGACGGAGCAGUGAAGAGCUGAUUUUUCAAGGUCGGGUUACUGUGAACGGUUCUGUUUGUAAGACUCCACAGACUAAAGUUGAUCCAGCUAGGGACAUAAUUUAUGUCAACGGAAAUCGUCUUCCUAAGAAGUUGCCUUCAAAGGUCUAUCUUGCACUAAACAAGCCAAAAGGGUACAUAUGCUCAUCCGGAGAGAAAGAAACUAAGUCAGUCAUGGCCCUUUUUGACGAUUUUAUAAAGAGUUGGGAUAAAAGGCAUCCUGGACAACCAAAACCUCGGCUCUAUACAGUUGGCAGACUUGAUGUUGCCACGACUGGCUUGAUUAUUGUGACUAAUGAUGGGGAGUUCGCCCACCAGAUUUCACAUCCUUCGUCUAAUUUGUCAAAGGAAUACAUCGCAACUAUCGAUGGUGAAGUUCAUAAGCGACACUUGAUAGCCAUUAGUGAGGGAACAGUUAUUGAUGGUGUCCAUUGCACCCCACAUAAUGUGGAACUACUACCAGGGCAGCCUGACAAACCAAGACCUCGUCUGCGUAUUGUGGUUCAUGAAGGACGGAAUCAUGAAGUUCGUGAACUUGUGAAAAAUGCUGGACUUCAGUUGCGUGCACUGAAGCGUAUACGUAUAGGUGGUUUCAGGCUUCCUGCAGAUCUUGCGCUUGGCAAGCAUGUUGAAUUAAAUCAAGCUCAACUGAAGGCAUUGGGUUGGAAGAGUUAAGUUGGAUGAGAUCAGAACACAGCUUCCCAAGAAGAACAUGCAUCAAACCAGCAUAAAAAUCGAGGAUUAUGCAGAAAAAUUAGGCAGUGACUGCUUGGUAGCAUUCACUUUCUGCAUUUAUCGAACCUUCCAAAUUUUGCAGAUCUGAUAAGGUAUAAGGUCUUAGUCAUUGCAAGAUGAGUGCACCAUAUGUCGGCUGUCAUCAGUGAAUAUUCCUGAAAUUGGGUGCUUAGUACCUUCAUUGAAUAGCAUCUCUCUGCCUAUAUGCCAACUAACAAGCAACAGGCCUGUAAGAUUGUACAUAGCAUAAUUAUGUUGUUGAUGAAUGUACAAUGUAUUCGACGACUCUUAAUCCUGUCAGAGAUUUUAUAUGCCAACACAAUAGAAAAUAUGGAGAACUUGUACUUUUU